CUCCCCCUUCACCCCCACCAGCCCCUCAGCAAGCUCCCAGGAGGGCGUCCAGGCCAACCCCGCCGCUGUCUUGCGGCGACUCCCAGCUACGAGUUUUCAGCUACCGAAGGUUGGAUAUCGGACAUGAAUUACUCACGGUUCCUCACGGCCACGAGCGCAGCGAGAAAGCCUUCUGCCAUCCGAAUCAUGACUGAGACAUUGAGCAGGGCACCGAAAUCGGUCAUCUCCUUGGCUACUGGAUCACCAAACCCCAACACCUUCCCUUUUAAGACUGCUGUUAUCACUGUAGACAAUGGAGAGCCCAUCCAGUUUAAUGAAGAGAUGAUGAAGAGAGCACUUCAGUAUUCUCAGAGUGCUGGAAUCCCCGAGCUGUUGUCCUGGCUAAAACAGUUACAAGUAAAAUUGCAUAAUCCUCCCACCAUCAAUUAUCCAACCAGCCAAGGAAAAAUGGACUUAUGUGUAACAUCUGGCAGCCAAGACGGCCUUUGUAAGGUGUUUGAAAUGAUCAUUAAUCCUGGAGAUAAUGUCCUCCUUAAUGAACCUGUUUACUCAGGAACACUUCAAGCUCUAAUGCCACUGGGCUGCAACAUUAUUAAUGUUUCCAGUGAUGAAUAUGGUAUUAUUCCAGGCUCCCUCAAAGAAGUACUUUCCAAAUGGAAACCAGAAGACUCAAAAAACCCCAAGAGAAACACCCCCAAAUUUCUUUACACUGUCCCAAACGGCAACAACCCUACUGGAAACUCAUUAACAACUAACCGCAAGAAGGAAAUCUAUGAGCUUGCAAGAAAAUAUGAUUUCCUCAUAAUAGAAGAUGAUCCUUACUAUUUUCUCCAGUUCAACAAGUCCUGGGCACCAACAUUUCUUUCCAUGGACGUUGAUGGGCGUGUCAUCAGAGCUGACUCUUUUUCAAAAGUCCUCUCCUCUGGGUUGAGACUAGGGUUUAUAACUGGUCCAAAACCCUUGAUAGAGAGAGUUGUCUUACACACACAAGUUUCAACUAUGCACCCCAGCACUUUUACACAGCUUCUAGUAUCACAGCUUCUACACCAAUGGGGAGAAGAAGGUUUCCUGGCUCAUGUAGAGAGGGUUACUGAUUUUUAUAGGAAGCAGAAGGAUGCAUUACUGGCAGCUGCAGACAAAUGGUUAAGUGGUUUGGCAGAAUGGCAUGUUCCUACUGCUGGAAUGUUUUUAUGGCUUAAAAUUAAGGGCAUUUAUGAUGUAAAACAACUGAUUGAAGAAAAAGCCAUUAAGAAAGAGAUAUUAAUGCUUCCUGGAAAUGUUUUCUACACUGAUACCUCAGCACCUAGCCCUUACUUUAGAGUGUCCUUCUCUUCAGCUUCUCCAGAACAAAUGGAUAUGGCCUUCCAGAGAUUAGCCCAAAUUAUUAAAGAAUCUUUAUGAAGAAAUCUUUAUAGUACUCAUGGAUUUUUCAGAUAAAUUAUUUUUAUGAUUUAGCAGGAAGAAAUGAUCGUUGGCAUUAGACUUACAGGUUAGAUUUCAUCAAACGUGUCAUAUCUGUAGUAAUUUAACUAGAUGACUUUUAAAGUGCCCUUAAAUUCAUCAGAUUGCCAAAAUAUAUUUAUAAUCUACUUAUACCUUUUGAUAAAUAUUCAACCUGAAAAUUAUUUUUAUCCUGGAUUUUAUUGUAAAGAACUCUAGCUGCUCUAUGGUUUCCCAUAAAUUUUCCUUGAAACUUAACAUUUUACAGUAAAUUAUUUUGAAAAUUUAAGAAAAUAAAUUCAAAAUGGUAUAUAAUGUGAACUCUUUCUAUUUUUAGGAAAAUUUAAUGAAAGCUUGUUGCAAAAAUUGUUAGGAUUUGUCCAUUGUAAAUGAUUUUCAGUAAGAGGACUAGAGACAUUAUGUUGUACCAUAGAUAUCCCUUUAAAAUAAAAUUCUGAAACUAAGCACACCUAAAGGCAUCAGACCUAUUAAUUCUAAAUAAGGAAGAGAGAUCAGGGGCUUAGAAAAAUAUGCUACAGUGUAUUUUCAUAAUACUGCACAAUUUACAAAAAUACAGUCUUAUCAGUUAUGUAAUUUAAAUCUACACCGCUUUGAGGUACUUAGGAUAUACUUUUUAAUGAUUUUCUUUCUCACCUUUUCAGACCCUUAUUUUUCCCAUAUGGCUAUUGAUGUAAUAUAUGCUUAUUAGAAAUUUUUCAAACAAUAUAGUAAAUAUAAGUGAUAAAGUAAAAGCCACUUGCUGUCUUACCCCCCAGUGAAAACCGCUGUCAACAUUUAUCAUCCAUCCUUUGAGAUGUUUUUCUAUGCAUGUGCAUGUUAUAUGUAAAAUAAUAGGAUCUCCUUAUCACAGUGUAUCAUAAAUACCCUGCAUUUGCUUUCUAUUGCUGUUUAACAAAUUACCGCAAUGUUCCAAGAUCUAGUAAUUGUUAAGUUGUAAGUUCCUUUAAGGAAUUAGGAAAUCAUUGUUAUUUAUGACAUCCUUUGUGUGUACAGGCAUACCUCAGAGAUAUUGUGGGUUUGGUUCCAGACCACCACAAAUAAAGCAAAUACUGUGAUAAAGCGGGUCAAAUUAAUUGUUUGGUUUCCCAGUGCAUAUAAAUGUUUACAGUAUACUGUAGUCUAUUAAGUGUGCUAUAGCAUUAUGUCUAAAGAAUAAUGUGCAUACCUUAAUUUAAAAAUACUUUAUAGGGGUGCCUGGGUGGCUAAGUCGGUUGAGCAUCCAACUCUUGAUUUUAGCUCAGAUCAUGAUCCGAGGGUAGUGGGAUAGAGUCCCACAUCCGGCUCUAUACUCAGCAUGGAGUCUGCUCGGGAUUCAUUCUCUCUCCCUCUGCCUCUCCCUCUCUCUCUCCCUCUCCCUCUCCCUCUCCCUCUCCCUCUCCCUCUCCGUCCCCUUCUUCCCCUCUGCCCCUCCCUGUUAUCCAUUCUCUCUCUCUCUCUCUCUCUCUCUCUCAAAAAUAAAUAAAUAAUAAAAAUUAAAAAUACCUUCUUGCUAAAAAAAAAUGCAAACUACCAUCUGAGCUUUCAGCACUAGUAAUCACUAAUCACAGAUAUUAACAAAUAUAAUAAUAAUGAAAAGUUUAAAAUAUUGCAAGAAUCACCAACACAUGACACAGAGGCACUAAGUGAGCAAAUGCUGUUGGAAACAUGGUGUCAAUAGACUUGCUUGACACAUAAUUGCCACAGCCUUCUAUCUGUUAAAAAAUGCAUUAUCUGUAAAGCACAAUAAAGCAAAGCAUAGUAAAAUGAGGUAUGUCUGUAUAAACAUAUCCACCAUAGUUAUUAAAUAUUUUUUUGGCAUCUGGAUGAGAUGUUACAUCUUCCAACAGCUAAAGUUCUUGAGCAAAAAUUUCAUCUCAAAGCUCUUAUUAGCUGACUCCAAGCCUGUCUUUAUUUAAUAUUUAUUUAUUUUGAGAGAAAGAGCAUGAGCAGGAGAAGGGCAGAGAGAGAGGGAUACAGAAUUCCAAAUAGGGGAUAUCCCAAGAAAUAGGGGAUAUCCCAAUACAGGGCUCCAUCCCACAAACCAUGAGAUCAUAGACCUGAGUCUACAUCAAGAGUUGGAUGCUUAACUGACUGAGCCACCCAGGCACCCCUAAGCCCAUCUCUGUUUUUAAGACAACCAGUGGUAGUUAUUUAGGAAAGUCUGGAAAGACACAGGGCCUGGAGGAGGCCUGAGAUGAACCUAACAAUUCCACUACUGUAAGAAGAAAGAGGAAAGUAUGAAUUCAGUUUAUAAAAGUAAAAGUAAAAUAAGCCUUCUGCUUAUUCAUUAGUUUCAAAAAUAAUGAAAAUUUCUUAGCCAGCACUAUAUAAUUUCUGGCUUGCAUUCGUUUUUAAGUCACCAACAAAGAGUAGUUGAUUUACAUAUUGAUUUAUAAUCCCCAGCUUUCAAGGAAGGGAUUACCUCUAACCACAAUCUAUAGGAAUCUGUUUCUUCCAAGAAAAACAGAGUGGGAGAAAAGUAGGGAAGGAGAGCACAGGAAAUGAUUAGGCUGCCCCUUAUUACUCAGUGUUUAUUUUCAUCCAGGGAGAUUACCUUCCCCUCAUAGAGUAAAGCACUAGAGAACUUUCUGGAGCCACUGUCAAUUUUUCCAGCCUCUUGGGAAAGCUGUUUGGCAGUAUAUAUCAAGAAACGCUAAAACGUUUAUAUCCUUUAACACAAGGUAUUAGAUAGCGUGGACUGGCCCACUGGACAGAAUUCUAAUUUCCUUCUCGUGUCUUUGGGCACAGUGGAAAUGAAAUACCACAUUUCCAGAUGCCCUGCAGCUACAGUCCAUGUAUGAGUGAAGUUCCAUCAUUCAGACGCCUGGAUUCGGAACUGAGUUUAGAGGGGAGCAAGUCAAGAGGCAAGGCAUCCAUUUGCUAAGGCAAUGUGAUUUUACAGCAAGCAGCUUCUUGGUGUGGGGUUUUCUGAUCCUGGCAGAAGAAAUGAAAUCCCAGGGCUAGAAACUGUCUCUGGAAACCCCAUUUACUUUUACACGCAUUCCAAACAAUUUUGGAAACCACAGAAUAUAUGAAAAUAAACACUUCACUUAAGUUAGCUAGAGUAGUUUCUGUUAUCUGCCACCGAAUGCCAACCAGGCCAGCUGUGUCCGGGUCUCCAAGACCACCCUCAGGCUUGAUGGUUCCCUAAAAGGACUCAGAAGACCCAGAAGCUAGUGUAGCCACAGCUGCCAUUUAUUGCAGCAAAAAGGAUAGAGUAAAAUCUCAAAGGGAAAAGGCACGUGGGACAAACACAAUCUGGAGGAGACCAGGCACAAGCUUCCAAGAGUCCCCUCUUAGCGGAGUCGCACGGGAUAUGCUUAAUUCCUUGGGUGAUGAUGUGUGACAGCAAGGGCAAAGUGUCGUCAACAGGGGAAGCUCACCUGAGAGCCUGGUUGCCAGGGGUUUUAUCAGGGGUCAGUCACACUCAGUGCCUGCAAUGGUGGACCUCAGUUACUGAAGCUCCACAGCCACGGGGGGGAUCUCAGGUGUCCACCAUAAAGCACGCAGUAAAAACGACCUAGAAAAGCAGUUAUAGCAUGACUCAAGACCCCAGACAUGAAAAACACUCAUUAAUGAGAAUAUUCCAAGAGCUCAGUCCCCACGAGCCAGCCAAGGGCCAGUCACAAACACAGCCGUCAUUGGAGUGACCCAGAUCUGCUGAGUUAACCCUUUACCACCCACUGGGAACUCCACUUAUGGACAUUCAUAGUAAAGAAUUACUCAAAAUAUGGAAGAAAGUAAAAAAACAUGAAGACAGUAAUUGUAAUUUAAAACAGCAAAACAUUGGGGGUAGGGGUUGAGGUUUUGGGACUGAAGUUCUCGCAGUAAGAAAACGGGUUAUGUCAAUUAUGGUUCAUCCACUUAAGUUUUAGGCAACCACUAAAACACCACUAUAAAGCAGUAUCAUUCAUUUUAUGAAGCACUAUGUUAAAAUGAUUAUAUAUAAUAUGGAAUGAAAAACCAGGGUAUGAAAGCAUACAUAUACUCUAAUUACAACUAUGUAAAAAAAUAAGAAGACAUCCACCAAAAAAGCAAAAAUUGGGUAACUUUUUAUUUUCAAAAUACUCUUUAACAUGGCUCUUUACUUUUAUAAUAAAAAAAUUAAUUAAUUUUUGGGGGCACCUGGGUGGCUCAAUCGGUUAAGCAUCUGAUUUUGGCUCAGGUCAUUAUCUCCUGGUCCAUGGGUUCAAGCCCCACAUUGGGCUCUGUGCUGACAGCUCAGAGCCUGGAGCCUGCUUUGGAUUCUGUGUCUCGCUUUCUGCCCCUCCCCCACUCAUGCUCACUCGCUCGCUCUCAAAGAAUAAAAAAAAAGAAUGUUUUCAAAUAAAAAUUAAAAAAUAAGUUAUUUUUUAAAACCUCAAGCAAAUUAGUCACAGUUUUGUUUUUGGUUUUUUUUUUUUUUUAAUUUCAGUUGGGUAAGUAGAGGUUCCUAGAGGCAAUAGUGAAAAAAUAGAUCUAGGGACAGCAAGGAGGCAACUACCAUGUAAUGAAAAAUCAAAUUGAAAGUCAUAUCCAUACAACCAUAAUCAAUUUGGAUCUGGUCAAAUAUUACAUAGGUUUAAUUUCCCAGUAUUAAUCCAUGUAGUUUCUGUGUGGAAGCCACGGUGUCACUACACAUGGUCCACGAUGAACAGAAGUAGCUGGAACAUUUGGUCUUGGUGGUAAUCAAUAUGGAUAUUGCAGGUUGGUCUAAAAGGGAGGUUGUCACUUGGCAUGGUUUCCUUUUAAGUUUGAAUGUUUGUCAACUUUAGCAAUUUCCUCUCCCCCCAUAUAAGAAAGUCUUUAAUGCUUUUCAUAUAAUGUUUGUACAGCAUGGUAUAGCUUUAAAUUCCUUUUCAAAUGCUAAUUAAAUCUCUCGUGGGUAGAAAUUAUUAACUUAUCAAAAGUAGGUUUAAUUAAAAUUUUUGGAGAACCUAAAGUCUUAAUAAAAAUAAAUUAAAU